UUGGGGGGGAACUUGGAGAAGUUGGCGUUAGAUCGGCGCUGCGUGAUGCAAAGUACAAACUUUCAUGUGCCGAGUUGCCGUGCGUAAAAAGAAACCCCCCAAAAAAACGCAGCGUUGAGAGACAAUGGGACUCCCCACUUUGGAGUUCAGUGACUCUUUCCUAGACAGUCCGGACUUCAGAGAGCGACUCAAAUGCCAUGAAAUCGAGCUGGAGCGGACAAAUAAAUUCAUCAAAGAGCUGAUCAAGGAUGGAAACAUGCUCAUCACUGCGCUCAAGAAUCUUUCCGCUGCUGUCCAAAAGUUCUCCCAGUCCCUGCAGGAGUUCCAGUUUGAGUGCAUAGGUGAUGCAGAGACAGAUGAUGAGGUGAACAUUGCUCAGUCGUUCAAAGAGUUCUCCCAGCUGCUGAACACCGUCGAGGAGGAGAGACGACGUUUGAUUCAGAAUGCAGAUGAUGUUUUGAUUACUCCCUUGGAAAAAUUUCGGAAGGAGCAAAUCGGUGCUGCGAAGGACGGGAAGAAGAAGUUCGAUAAGGAAACGGAGAAAUAUUACUCCACGCUAGAGAGACACCUCAACUUGUCAUCCAAAAAGAAGGAGGCAUAUCUACAGGAGGCCGACACGCAGAUUGAUAAGGAGAGGCAACUCUUUUACGAUGCGUCUCUCGAGUACGUUUUCAAAAUACAAGAAGUGCAAGAAAAGAAGAAAUUUGAGUUUGUCGAACCGCUCCUGGCCUUUCUUCAGGGUUUGUUUACAUUCUACCAUGAAGGAUAUGAGCUGGCUCAUGAAUUUGAGCCGUACAAACAACAGCUCCAGUUCAACCUACAGAACACACGAAACAACUUUGUGAGCACCAAGCAGGAAGUGGAGAAGCUGAUGAAGAGGAUAAGGUCUGCAGAUCAGGACUAUAAACCCCCCGGCCAGUGGACGAUGGAAGGCUUCCUGUACGUCCAGGAGAAACGUCCUCUCGGAUGCACUUGGAUACGUCACUACUGCACAUAUGACAAAGGCAACAAGACCUUCAGCAUGAGUAACACUGAGAAUAAAUCAUCCGGGAAACAGAACGGCGUAGUCCCGAAUCAGCCGGAGAUGUUCAAGCUCAAGUCCUGCAUUCGGAGGAAAACGGACUCCAUCGACAAGCGUUUCUGCUUUGAUAUCGAAGUGGUGGAGAGAAAUGACAUCUAUCGUGGAACUCUUUUCAGACCACUUCAGUUUUUCUGUAAAGUCCGGCAUGGUGUUAUGACACUGCAGGCACUGUCAGAGUCCAAUCGGAGAUUGUGGCUGGAGGCCAUGGAUGGAAAGGAGCCGAUUUACAACCUUCCAGCCAUAUUAAGCAAAAAGGAAGAAACAUUUCUUAAUGAGGCGGGCUUUAACUUUGUGAGGAAAUGCAUUGACCUGGUCGAGAUGAGAGGCAUAAACACGAUGGGGCUGUACAGAAUCGGAGGGGUCAACUCCAAAGUGCAGAAGCUGAUGACCACAGUCUUUUCAUCCAAGGCACCUGUGGAUAUGGACCUGGAUCCGGAGACGUGGGACAACAAAACGAUCACCAGCGGUCUGAAGAAUUACCUCAGGUGUCUCUCUGAGCCUCUAAUGACUUUCAAGUUCCACAAAGAUUUCAUCAUGGCUGUCAAGUCCGAUGACCAGAACUACAGAGUGUGUGCCGUCCAUGCUCUGGUUCACAAGCUGCCCGAGAGGAACAAGGAAAUGCUGGAGUUACUAAUAAAACACCUUGUCACGGUUUCUGCACAAAACCAGCACAACCUGAUGACGGUGUCGAACCUGGGCGUCAUCUUCGGUCCCACUCUGAUGCGGUCGCAAGAGGAGACUGUGGCCGCCAUGAUGAACAUCAAAUUCCAAAACAUUGUGGUGGAAAUCCUCAUCGAGAACUUCAACAAGAUCUUCUACCAGCCUCCAGACCCCAACGUGCCCCUGCCUCAACCCCAGAGCCGGCCUGGCUCUCGCAGGAGCAGAGCCAUCUGUCUGUCCACAGGGCCUCGGAAACCCCGCAGCCUCUACACCCCGACGCUGUGCCUGGCAGAUGCAGAAAGUCCCUGCAUAGGUGACACUUUCAGCAGCAGCCCAAGCAGCACCCCCAUGGGCAGCAUGGAGUCUCUGUCGUCCCAUUCCUCCGAGCAGAACACCUCCUCCAAAACAGCCUGCUCUGGACAGAGGACAAGUCAUGACAAGUCGCUCCUGGACCUCCGCCGGACGCCGUCAGAGCUCUCAAACGGCCCCAGGAGCGCCGCAUGUGUCAGCAGUCCCGAGUCCAGCUCCAGGGAGGACACGGGGCGUACAGAUGGAGAGUCAGAGGACGCGCUCAGCCUGUCCUCGAUCAGCACAGCACCCAGGCUGUCUCCCGCACCCAAAAAAGCCCCCCACUGCCGCGCUGACCUCCGGCCGGUGCUGCUUAAUCGCUCCACCGCUCCAUCUCUGAAAUCACUGCAUAUAUCUGAAGGCCGCAGGAGCUGCUCUGGAUCUGUCCAAAAUUUGUCAACACUGGAGUCCAAAGAGGGUUUAAAGCCCGGUGAGCACCCGGACCUGCCGCCAAAACAAGUGAUCCGCCGCAGGAUGGACACAUCAGUCAGCAACGGAUACCAAAGACCUGGAUCAGUGGUCGCUGCCAGAGCACUGCUUUUUGAAAAUGCCUCCUCCCCACAGUCUGCACCAGUUGGAAGAGAUGCCAAGGCGAUGUAUUCCUGCGAGGCAGAGCACAGCCACGAGCUCAGCUUCCCUCAGGGGGCGCUCUUCUCAAACGUGUACCCGUCUGUUGAACCAGGCUGGCUCCAGGCAACAUACGAGGGAAAAACAGGGUUAAUCCCCGAGAAUUAUGUCGUCUUCCUCUAACAGGUGGUAAACGUUGCGUCUUGUUCAUGGCAUCCAUGAAAAACAAAUAAUGUACAAUGUGGUUGAUUAUUGUGAUGCUCCUAUUGUUGCUGAAUUUCUACACCAAAUGCAAUAAAGCAGGCCAGUAACUGCUUUCACCAAAACAUAUACCUCCGUUUCUGUAAUGACUCUGCAGAGAUUCAGAAAGAAAUAGGUAUGGCAUUAUUAUUAUGAUUACAUGUAAAUAUAUCACCCAUCGACUGCACUGAUGUUCUUAGUCUCUGUAUUAGCCUACAGAAUCACAAAACAAUCAUAUCCCAUUUCACAGAUUUUAUUCCCAGAAAUAUAAUCAUUUAACUUCCCAUUAUAUCAACAUAAAACCAUCAUCAAGUUAUUAAUUGAAAUCUAUUGUCUCAUAAACAUUUUUUAUUAUUAACUGUAAUUGAACAAGCUGUGAUUUAAAAUGAGGAUAGUAAUCUAUUAGAAUCUAAUAGAAAAAACAAAAAAAACAAGCAUAAUGGGUUUGCACCUUAACUUUCAUGUUUAUGGAUCAUUGUUCGUCCACUGAACCUGCUCACUGCUGCAGUGCACUUUCCUGUUCGCUCCACGGCGCUGUACUGUACGUUAAUGCUCUUUCUGUAAUUGCUCGUAAAAAAUCAUCAUAACUGUUUAUUACUACUCACUGUCACACCAAAUAUAUGCCAAAAAAAAAGUCUGUUCUUGUAAUGAAAUGUGCAUGAGACGGAGCCUGAAGCUGUAACGUUGUGGUACUGUACUCACUGGUACACUGGUGUACCAGUAAAGCCAAUUAGAUAAUGUUAUAUCAAAGGUGACAUUUAAUAGUUAAUGUUCUGUUUCUGUUACAUUACCAAAGAACAAAGGCCAGAAUUAUCUAAACUCCAGUGAUAUUUUUUUUCUGCAGAACAAAAGAAAGAACAUAAUCAACAACGCUUUGGCCCUUCAGUUAUUACAAACUGUAAGAUUUACGCCAAAGUAAAAACUUUCUCUUGAUUGUCCAAAAUGUAUUAGGGAGGGUUUUUUUUUUUUUUUUUUUAAGAGCCUUCUCUUGCCAAGAUCAGGGUGUUCUUUUCCAUUUACAUCUCUAAGAAUGUGAGGUGGCCUUGAACAGUAAUGCUGGACGAACACUCCCUUACAGUCUGAAUUUUUCAGGGGCAUAUCACGGAAAUGGUUUUCAUAUCCUGAAUAUGUAAACGUCCAUUUAUAUAUUUGUUCUUUGCAAUCAUCUGCUGUAUCUUGACAGUGCAUAAACAUGUCUAUAAAUAAACAACGUGAUUUAUUAAA